AUGCCCCUCCGCAGCCUGCACGCGGCUGCCGUCCUCCUACUCAUGGUCUUAAAGGAACAGCUUUCUAACCCAACCCCACUCAACGAAUCCAAGUGGACCUAUAUAGGUCCCGACGGGGAGAAGAGCUGGUCCAAGAGCUACCCAUCAUGUGGGGGCCUGAUGCAGUCCCCAAUAGACCUGCAGAAUGACAUCCUCCAGUACAACGCCAGCCUUGUGCCCCUUGGCUUCCAAGGCUACAAUGAGUCUGCCAACCAGCAAUUUGUCCUGACCAACAAUGGCCAUUCAGUGAAGCUGAAGCUGCCCAAGGACAUGCACAUCCAGGGCCUUGGGGCCCGCUACAAUGCCUCGCAGCUGCACCUGCAUUGGGGGGACCAGAAUGAACCUCACGGCUCGGAGCACACUGUGGGUGGGAAGCACUUUGCUGCCGAGCUGCAUAUGGUCUAUUAUAACUCGGACCUGUACCCCAAUGCCGAGAUCGCCAGUGACAAGCCAGAAGGCCUCGCGGUCCUAGCUGUUCUCAUAGAGAUGGGCUCCUUCAAUCCAUCAUAUGAGAAGAUCUUCAGUCACCUUAAAGAUGUAAAGUACAAAGGCCAAGAAGUGUCCAUUCCGGGUUUCAGCAUUGAAGAGCUGCUGCCGAAGAGGCCUGAGGAGUACUACCGCUACCGAGGGUCCCUGACCACACCUCCUUGCUACCCGACUGUGCUCUGGACGGUUUUCCGGAACCCUGUGGAAAUUUCCCAGCAGCAGCUGAUGGAUUUGGAGACAGCCCUGUACUGCACACAGGUGGAGGACCCGUCCCCUAUCGAGAUGAUCAACAACUUCCGGCAGGUCCAGAAAUUUGGUGAGAGGCUGGUGUACGUCUCCUUCCGACGUGAAGGCAUCGCCCUUUCUGUGGCCCUGGCUGGCGUUCUGGGCAUCUGUAUUGUCCUGGUAGUAUCCAUUUGGCUUUUCAGAAGGAAGAGGAGCAGCAAAAAAGUUGCCAACAAAGGAGUCAUCUACAAACCGGCCAUCAAGCAGGAGACUGAGGCCCAUGCCUGA